AUGUCUUCCGCCAAACCCCGUGCCGCCGACGUUCACAAUGCGAUUAGGCUGUUGAUCGACAAUCUGAUCAAUAUCAAAGACGAGUCUGGCAAGUUCCUGCUGCAUCUCGACGAUGGGCGCAUCAUCGAUACGAAGUCCUGGGCUGGCUGGGAAUGGACGCACGGCAUCGGGCUUUACGGCGUGUGGAAGUACUACGAGGUGACGGGCCAUGACUCUCUUUUGAAGAUCAUCGAAGACUGGUUCGCUGCACGGUUUGCGGAAGGGGGAACUACAAAGAAUAUCAAUACAAUGGCAGUGUUUCUAACACUGGCAUAUGUGUAUGAGAGGACUGGAAAUGUCACAUAUCUCCCCUGGUUGGAUACCUGGGCAGAGUGGGCUAUGCACGGUCUGCAGCGGACAAAAUACGGUGGCAUGCAGCAUGCGACUUAUGUCACGGAAAACCACCAGCAGCUCUGGGAUGAUACCUUGAUGAUGACGGUGCUCCCAUUAGCGAAGAUUGGAAAGCUGCUUGGACGGUUAGAGUAUGUUGAAGAAGCUAAGAGGCAAUUUCUCAUACACAUCAAAUAUCUUUUCGACCCUCGAUCGGGUCUCUUUUUCCACGGAUGGACGUUUGAAGAAGGGGGACAUAACUUUGCACAGGCCAGAUGGGCUCGAGGAAAUAGCUGGUUAACUAUUGUCAUUCCGGAAAUAUUGGAAUUGCUUGAUUUUGCUGCCAAUGACCCAAUACGCUUGCACCUCAUCGACACAUUAGAAGCGCAGUGUGCCGCCCUGCUACAUUUCCAAGAACCGACAGGCUACUGGCACACUCUGCUUGAUCAUGCGGACGAAGGGUCAUAUGUUGAAGCCUCAGCCACUGCGGGAUUUGCAUUUGGAAUCCUAAAAGCGCAACGCAAGAGAUACAUAGGAGGGCAAUACAGGGAGGUUGCUGAGAAGGCAGUCAAUGCAGUACUGGGCGCGAUCGACCAUCGAGGCGAGCUCCAAAACACGAGCUUUGGGACGGCUAUGGGAGAUACUUUAGAUUUUUACAGGGAGAUACCAAUCACUUCCAUGCCGUACGGGCAGGCGAUGGCGAUUAUGGCAUUGGUUGAGUAUCUGAGGACAUAUAUUUGA